AUGAGAGGUUCACAGUUCUCAAUGCUCGAGGAUCUGUCGAGAAGGCAAAUAUGGAGGCACCGCUUUAGAAUUUUGUCUCGAUUCAUCGAGCAGGGCAACUUGCAUCUCGCGUGCGUUUUCAUAUCGUUGCUCUCUGGAUUUGCCAUCUACACCAUCCGCAGACGCCAAGAAUCACGUCUUGUAGACUCCAGAGGCAUCAAUGCAAGGCAUACUAGGUGCCCGAUCCUGCCAGCCUACGCCAUCGCUCAGGCCAUCACCUCGGCAGUUGCUUUCUCACUCUCGUUAUGGAUUGCAAUCCACCAUGGCGUAUGGAAGGAGUCUGUUGCUGUGGGAUAUGUCUUUCUUUUUAGUCUAUCCCAAUUCAUCGUCAAAUCUGAUACAACACGGUCCGCGAUCCGCCAUCAAGUCAACGCCACAGUUUUCGCAAUCACGCUUCUGGAAGCUGUUGAGCUUCUGUUGCCCCUGAGCAUCAUCGGAACUCCCGUGGGUCCAGAGCUCGUGGAAAGAGUCAAGCUCAUCUCUCUGGCUAUUACUGUAUUCAUAGCUUUUAUUACACCCCGCCAGGUCAGGUCAAAGGAGUCUAAUGUCGAGGAUGUGAUUGAUCCAUCCAAGGAAGAGGCAUCUGCUGAGGAGAUUUGCUCAUGGUUCUCAUAUUACCUUUCCUACGACUGGCUCACAUACCUGAUAUUGCGAGGCUUCUCACGGAACCUACAACUCGACGAUCUCCCCGAGUUGCCGUCAUACGACGCCCCACUGAGACUGCUUCGACGAAUGUCGAACGUGCGAUUGGGCGGCUCCCGGACAUUCCACUCACUCCUCAGGACUUUCCGAUGGGAGAUCGCGAGUAUCAUGCUCUGGGGGACGAUGACAGCCUGCGUUGAAUACGUCGCCGCUUUCGCUAUGUUCAACCUACUAGCAUAUCUGGAAGAUCCGGACUCAACAGCCUUUGUCAUCCAUCCGUUUGUGUGGAUAGCCUUGCUUUUCAUUGGACCCAUGACGCGCUCGGUUUGCUACCAACGAUCGAUCUUCCAGAGCACCAGACUGAUGGUUCUCUGGAGGGCUACGGUUCUGCAAGAAAUCUACCAGAAGAUGCUCGGAUCGCGCAGUGAAGACGCGAUUCACAUGACAGAAGAAGAAGACUACGGAGCCCAGGCCCCGGAGGUGCCUAGCGAGGAGCCUCUCGACUCCCCUACCGGCAAGUCAGUCAAAACGGAAAGCCUCGUCUCUUACGAUGCCGAUAUGAUAUCCAACGCCUCAGACAUGUUUUAUGCUUUUACUGCCAGUCUUGUCUCGGCGGCGGUGGCCAUGACGUUCCUCUACCAGCUCCUGGGUUGGCCGUCCCUGGUCGGCAUCGCGGUCAUGGUUUUCAUGACUCCGCUUCCCGCCAUAUUUUCCCAGCGCAUGUCACGGCUGCACCACCACGUCAUGGAGGCCACUGACCUUAGACUGGGCCGCAUUUCAGAGUAUCUGCACUCGAUCCGCACACUCAAGUACUUCGCAUGGGAGCCCAUGGUCGUUGAAAACAUCAACAACAUCCGUUUGACUGAACAGCAACGAAUCUGGAAGAGGAACCUGACCUCCAUGUUCGUUUCAAUGACUGGGGACCUGCUGUCGCUGGUCAGUCUGUUGGCCAUGUUUGUCUCGCUCAUCCUCUUCACCGACCGACCUCUCCACGCGCCUAUGGCGUUCACGUCACUAGCCAUCACUGAGACACUACGCUCCCAAUUCGUCUGGCUCUGCAAAGUGAUUCAGUGGGUCUCUCAGGCUCGUGGAUCCCUGACCAGAGUCGACAGCUUCCUGGACGCACCCGUGGACAGGCAGCGACAUGAGCCUGGCCCAGCAGAGUUGAAGAACGCUACAGUCCGCUGGUCUCCGCAAUCGCCAUUUGCCCUGCACGAUGUCUCUUUGGCCUUCCGCGAAGGAGAAUUGAAUGUGAUCCAAGGCUCCACAGGGAGCGGCAAGUCGCUCCUCCUGUUGUCUCUCCUGGGCGAGACUACCCUUGAGUCUGGACAGAUCACCUGUCCACCUGAUGUUGCCUAUGUUCCCCAGACAGCGUGGCUUCAGAAUACCUCGAUUCGAAACAACAUACUCUUCUACAGCCCCUAUGAUGAGGUGCGGUACAAUAAAGUUCUAAACGCCUGCGAUCUCCUGGAUGAUCUCAGCCGACUGCCACUGGGCGACUCGACGCAGGUUGGAGAGCGUGGGUCUGCUCUGUCUGGCGGGCAAAAGCAGCGCAUAUCCUUGGCCAGAGCACUAUACUCGCCCGCCUCUACGUUGCUUCUUGACGAUAUCUUCUCUGCCUUGGACACCCAUACUACGUCGCAAGUUUACAGCCGAUGUUUCCAAACGGACCUUCUGAAUGGUCGUACCGUCAUCCUCAUCACACACCUGGCCUCAGCGUUACAGGAUGCCGACUUUCUCGUCUCGAUGGAUGAGUGCGGAACUUUUGCAGGUCAAGUCACUUAUGACACCCAAGACAAGCAUGGAAAGUCCAUGACAGCUGUGCAACUGGAGACCGUCGAGACGAGCUCAAGUCGAACCCCGAGCGUUGAAUCUAUCUCGUCAAUCCCUGAUGCCGAAGCUCGAAGAAAUGACCAGAUCAGUUUCGAGGUUCAUGAGGACAUCCCGGAUGAGAAGCAAGCGUCUGGCCGAGUUCCUCGGAGUAUGAUCCUGAAGUAUAUGGUGCUCUUUGGCGGCGUCCCGCAUGCCUUGCUAGCCAUCAUCAGUGCGCUUGUAGUGCAGCUCGCCUACUUCUCCAUCACACUCUGGCUCUCGGUCUGGACGAACGCCACCGCCGGAAAAGAUGGCCAGCCCACGAGCCAGAGCUAUUACCUGUACGUUUAUACCGGAACUGUCCUAGGAUUCGUUCUGUUGCAGUUCUCGAACAACUUCAUCUACCAACGAGGCGGAUGGCAUGCAUCGAAGACCAUGCACCAGCGACUCAUCAGUGCUAUUGUCAAAGCGCCUGUCGCUUGGUUCGACCAUACCCCAAUAGGACAGAUCCUCAACCGCUUCGGGCUCGAUACCCAAUCCAUGGACGCGGUGCUGGUUGACUGGCUCCGUAUGACUCUGGACAAUGGCCUCCGCUUCAUGCUUCGACUUGCCGGCAUCGCAUCCAUCAUGCCCAUCUUCGCUUUACCCGCCGGGUUCUUCUGCAUGAUCGGCUUCACCACUGGAGAGCUGUAUUCACGAGCCGAGAUCUCGAUCAAGAGGAUUGUCGCAAUCAAAUUCGCACCCGUCUUCUCACACUUCAAUGAAACCUCGACUGGCAUGGCUGUCAUCCGGGCCCGACGCUCCUUCGAAGGAGUGUUCCAACAACUCCUCGCAGACAAGCUCUCCCAGCACAUGCGGGCGGCCGAAGCACAGUUCAACUGCAACCGCUGGGUGUCAAUCAGGUCCGACUUUUGCGCAGCGACCAUCGCUAUUACCGCGGGCUGCAUCGCAUACUACAAAUCCGGUUCGGCAGGUCUCGUCGGCUUCUCCCUGACCAACGCGAUCGGACUCAGUCAGACUAUCCUGACCUUGGUCCGCAACAUGAACGAACUGGAAGUUGAGCUCAACUCAUUCCAACGCAUCUACGACUACACCAAGAUUGCCCCUGAAGAGAGCCCGGAGACUGAGGCUCUCUUGGCCAAGAACAGCAUCCCUGCAUCCUGGCCAUCCUCAGGCAAGGUUGAGAUCCGUGACGUCAAGGCGCGCUACACAGUCGACCAAGCAGACGUCUUACACGGCAUUAGCUUCGACGCCAAGCCUGGCGAGCGCAUCGCCAUCAUCGGGCGAACGGGCAGUGGCAAGAGCACUCUCGGACUCUCCAUUCUACGGUCAACGUAUAUUAGCGCCGGCCAGGUUAUCGUCGACGGCGUUGACAUCGCCAAGAUACCCCUGAGACGCCUGCGCAAGGCCAUUAGCCUCAUUCCUCAGGACACAAUGCUCUUCUCCGGCGACGCGCAGUUCAACCUGGACCCUUUUGGAGAGAUGGGCGAAUCGGAGUUGCAGUCUGUCCUCGAAACGUGCGACCUGACGCAGCAGGACGACCUCGCUGCCAGCGACAGCGAUGUGACGCGCAAGAACAAGCUGUCUGUGCAUAUGCCAAUUGCGAGCGGUGGAAAGAACUUCAGCAACGGGCAACGGCAGAUCUUUGGCCUCGCACGAGCCAUGUGCCGCCGCUCGAAGCUCAUCAUUAUGGACGAGGUGACGGCAUCAGUGGACCACGAUACGGACACGCGCAUGCAGAGGCUAAUUCGCUCCGAGUUUGUUGGGUCGACUAUUAUCACGAUUGCCCAUCGUUUGCGUACGGUGGUAGACUAUGACCGUGUGAUCGUCAUGAGAGAGGGACGCGUCGUUGAAAUGGGCACCCCGUCAGAGUUAAUAGAAGCGCAAGGGACGUUCUGGGACAUGCUGAGAAACACUGGAGAGUACGAUGAACUGAUCAAGCUGGUGAAGAACAAAUAG